AUGGCGUCGGGUGCUUCCGGCGACGCCAGCUCGAGCAAGUCCACGCCGCAGAAGGUGUCGGUGGCGGAGUCUUGGAAGAGCCCGCGCAAGGGGGGGAAGUCGUGGUGGGGCAAGAGUCUCGUGGACAUGGUGGCCGUCCACAUCUGGGAUAGCAUGCCCCCAGCGGUUCACAACCUCAUCGAGAGCGACGGCUGGAAGGGCGGCGACGUGGUGAUCCUGAAGGACAAGGUCAAUUGGAGCGUCAAGGCGGCGGACGUGCACACCAAUUUCCUCCUGCUGCAGCAGUUGAUGAAGCACUUCCCCGGCCACGUCCCGUCCUCGUUCAUGCUCGGCGACGUCUUCGUUGCGCUCCACGAGCACAGCGGGAACAACUUGUUCGGCAAGGGCACAUGCCCCGACAUGGUGAAGAGGGCGGCCACGCAGGAAGGCGUCAAAGCUAAGAGACUCGUUGGCUACUUGAGGCAGUUGGCGAAGGACUCGGACCGCUCCUACAACCCUCGGAUCGACAAGCUGAAGGCGAUGGUAGAGUUUCCCAAACGGCUGCAGGACGAGCGCCCGGAGGAGAGCGCCUCGCAGAGCGGCUUCAGGACCCCGCAGGCUCGCAAGCCGCGCGGCGCCAAGUCCGACGAGGCUGGCGGCGCGGAUUCGGCGCUCGAGGAGGGGGGCGAUGCGGAGGUGGAAGAGGGCGACGGCGAGGACCACUGGGAACCACAGGAGCGGCCCCUGGAGGACGACUGGGAGGUGCCCGGCGACUCGGCCGACGAGGGGUCCUGGCAGGAAGGCGACGAGCUUUGGGAGGGCGCCGAGGAGGGCGACGAGCCCAAGGGCGACGAGCCCAAGGGCGACGAGCCCAAGGGCGACGA